AUGGCAUCGGCAAUGGAUAAGGUUGGGAAUGUUUUGCUUAAAACCUUUGAAGACUUUGAUAUUUACAAGGGGAUCAGAUUGGUCAUUAUUGUCGGUGGAUAUCUUCUUGUGAGAAAUUAUGUUGCCAGGGAAAUGGCCAAAAAACAAUUAGAGAGACAGGUGCGUGACGAUGAACGUAUGCUAAGUGACAACAAGAAGAAGAAUCUGGUGGAUGAUCCAGAGACAGAGAAAAUGGCUCAAAGUACCCAGUUCGGUUGGGGGAACAAGACUAGAAAGAGAGUCAAGAAGCAACAGGAGAUGUUACAGAAGGCCAUUGAGCAAAUAAAGAAGGAGAAGAAGUUUGCUGGCGAAGACAGUGAUGAGGAUAUUGCUGACUUGUUAGAGGACUGA